AUGAAAACGGUCAGCGUGGCUCUCGUCUUGUGUCUCAACGUGGGUGUAGACCCUCCAGAUGUGGUCAAGACCACACCAUGUGCCCGCUUGGAGUGUUGGAUCGAUCCUCUGGCGAUGGGCCCACAGAAAGCCCUGGAAACAAUCGGGGCCAACCUACAGAAGCAGUAUGAAAACUGGCAGCCAAGGGCCCGCUACAAGCAAAGUUUGGACCCCACCGUAGACGAGGUGAAGAAACUCUGCACAUCCCUAAGGAGGAACGCCAAGGAAGAGAGAGUGCUAUUUCACUACAAUGGACAUGGAGUCCCACGACCCACUGUCAAUGGCGAGAUAUGGGUCUUCAAUAAGAAUUACACUCAGUACAUCCCCCUGUCCAUCUACGACUUGCAGACCUGGAUGGGCAGUCCCUCGAUCUUUGUCUAUGACUGCUCCAACGCUGGACUCAUCGUCAAGUCAUUCAAGCAGUUUGCUCUGCAGCGGGAGCAGGAGCUGGAGGUUGCUGCCAUUACCCCCAGCCACCCGCUGGCGCAGAUGCCGUUGCCGCCCUCCAUGAAGAACUGCAUUCAGCUGGCGGCCUGUGACGCGGUAGAGUUGCUGCCUAUGAACCCGGACCUUCCUGCCGACCUCUUCACCUCCUGUCUCACCACGCCAAUUAAAAUAGCGCUGCGAUGGUUUUGCAUGCAGAAGAGCGUGAAGCUGGUUCCUGGAGUCACUUUGGACCUCAUUGAAAAGAUUCCGGGCCGCUUGAAUGACAGACGCACUCCGCUAGGAGAGCUGAACUGGAUCUUCACGGCAAUUACUGACACCAUCGCAUGGAACGUCCUGCCAAGAGAUCUGUUCCAGAAGCUGUUCCGGCAGGACUUGCUGGUCGCCAGCCUCUUCCGCAACUUCCUAUUGGCCGAGAGGAUUAUGAGGUCAUACAAUUGUACGCCUGUGAGCAGUCCGCGGCUGCCCCCUACCUACAUGCACGCCAUGUGGCAGGCGUGGGAUCUGGCCGUUGAUAUUUGUCUUUCUCAGCUGCCGACCAUUAUCGAAGAAGGCACGGCGUUUCAGCACAGCCCAUUCUUCGCUGAGCAACUGACGGCAUUUCAGGUCUGGCUAACCAUGGGCGUGGAGAACAGAAACCCACCGGAGCAACUGCCGAUCGUCCUCCAGGUGUUGCUCAGUCAGGUUCAUCGUCUCCGGGCCCUGGACCUGCUGGGAAGAUUCCUGGACCUGGGACCCUGGGCCGUCAGCCUGGCUCUGUCGGUGGGAAUUUUCCCCUACGUCCUGAAACUUCUGCAGAGCUCGGCACGGGAGCUUCGUCCACUACUCGUCUUCAUUUGGGCCAAAAUCCUUGCAGUGGACAGUUCAUGCCAGGCAGACUUGGUGAAAGAUAACGGGCACAAGUAUUUCCUGUCCGUUUUGGCGGAUCCGUACAUGCCGGCCGAGCACCGCACGAUGACGGCGUUUAUUCUGGCAGUAAUUGUGAAUAACUACACCACCGGACAGGAAGCCUGUCUGCAGGGAAACCUGAUCGCCAUCUGCCUGGAGCAGCUCAAUGAUCCUCACCCGCUGCUCCGCCAGUGGGUGGCUGUCUGCCUAGGCCGUAUCUGGCAGAACUUCGAUGCCGCACGCUGGUGUGGCGUUCGCGACAGCGCCCAUGAAAAGCUUUACAGCCUCUUGUCGGACUCCAUUCCAGAGGUCCGCACGGCGGCUGUCUUUGCCCUCGGGACGUUUGUGGGAAACUCGGGGGAGAGGACGGAUCAUUCCACAACAAUCGACCACAACGUGGCUAUGAUGCUGGCCCAGCUCAUCAAUGAUGGCAGCGCAAUGGUGCGCAAGGAGCUGGUGGUGGCUCUCAGUCAUUUCGUGGUCCAGUAUGAGAGCAAUUUCUGUACGGUGGCUCUGCAGUUCAUGGAGGAGGAGAAGAAUUACCAUUUGCCAUCUCCAUCCUCUACAGAGGCCGGCAACCUGACCCCAGUGCGGGAAGCUCCCAGCACCCCUCGCUUACGAUCUGUGAGUUCUUAUGGCAAUAUCCGAGCGGUUACCACACCGCGAAACUUGAACAAGUCUCUGCAGAACCUCAGCCUGAGCGAAGAAGGAGGAGGCCCUGUAGCUUUCUCUCCAGGGAACCUCAGCACCAGCAGUAGUGCCAGCAGCACUUUGGGCAGCCCAGACAACGAGGAGUACAUUCUGUCCUUCGAGACCAUCGACAAGAUGAGACGGGUCAGCUCCUACUCAUCGCUCAACUCGCUGAUAGGUGUGUCUUUCAACAGCGUCUACACCCAGAUAUGGAGGGUGCUCCUUCACCUUGCCACAGACCCUUACCCAGAAGCCUCAGACCUCGCCAUGAAAGUCCUCAACAGCAUUGCCUAUAAGGCCACCAUGAGCACUCGGCCACAGCGCAUUCUGGACGCCGCAGCCCUGACGCAGUCUGCCCCAGCGAGUCCUACCAACAAGGGCAUGCUUAUCCAUCAAGUCGGGGGGUCUCCUCCAACUCCGAGUGCCAGCAGCUCCAGCCUUACCAACGACAUGACGAAAUCUCCUAGCAACAGGGAGCUUCCUUCCAACCGGCCGGCCAAUGCGGGGUCAGCUAUGGGGGUCCAGUACACUCCCCAUUCCCACCAGUUCCCCCGCACCCGCAAGAUGUUCGACAAAGGCCCCGACCAGGCUGCUGAAGAUGGAGAUGACCCGAUCGUCCAUAAAGGCUUCAUUUCAGGCUCUCUGCAAACCGGCUUCUGCGAUUGGAGUGCCAAGUACUUUGCUCAGCCAGUUAUGAAGAUGCCUGAAGAGCACGAUGCGGAGAGCCAAGUCCGCAAAGAGCGCGAGUGGAGGUUCCUCCGCAACGCCAGGGUCCGGAAACAAGCCUAUAACCUCAUACAGAAAGGUGUGACCAAAUUAGACGACCAGAUCUUCAUUAACCGAAAUCCUGGCGUUCCCUCCGUCGUGAAGUUUCACCCCUUCACCUCCUGCAUCGCGGUCGCUGACAAGGACAGUAUCUGUUUCUGGGACUGGGAGAGAGGAGAGAAGCUGGACUACUUCCACAACGGGAACCCGCGCUACACCCGCAUCACCGCCAUGGAAUACCUGAACGGUCAGGACUGCUCGCUGCUGCUCACCGCCACAGAUGACGGCGCUAUAAGGGUGUGGAAGAACUUUGCCGAUCUGGAGAAGAAUCCGGAGAUGGUGACGGCGUGGCAGGGAUUGUCCGACAUGUUGCCGUCUACGCGAGGCUUGACGCGGCGAGUUUCCAUUUACCUGGACAAGAGUAAACAAGGUGGGGAGUCCAGUGCAGGAAUGGUGGUGGACUGGGAGCAGGAGACCGGAUUUCUCAUCACAUCCGGCGACGUCCGAAUCAUCCGGAUAUGGGACACGGAAAGGGAGAUGAAAGUUCAGGAUAUUCCAACCGGAGCUGAAAGCUGUGUGACGAGCCUGUCCUGCGACUCUCAUCGCUCCCUCAUUGUGGCCGGCCUCGGCGACGGCACCGUUCGAGUGUUUGAUCGCAGGAUGUCCCAGAACGACUGCCGCGUUAUGACCUAUCGGGAGCACACGGCCUGGGUGGUGAAGACGUAUCUGCAGAAUCAGGCAGAGGGGAACAUUCUGAGUGUGAGCGUCAAUGGAGAUGUACGAUACUAUGAUCCCAGAUUACCCGAAUCGAUAAACACGAUGCAGAUCGUCAAAGGUCUGACCACACUGGACUACCACCCACAGACCAACCUCUUUGCUUGCGGUUCCAUGAACCAAUUUAUCGCCAUAUACAAUGGAAGCGGAGAAUUGAUCAGCAAUAUAAAGUACUAUGACGGAUUCAUGGGGCAGAGGAUCGGCGCCAUCAGCUGCUUAGCGUUCCAUCCUCACUGGCCUCACUUAGCCGUUGGCAGCAACGAUUACUACAUGUCUAUAUAUUCGGUUGACAAACGAGUGAGAUAGCCACUGAGACACGGAGUGCGGUCGCUCGACUUCCGGUCUUUCCCCGUUCUGACGUGAAGGGAUGGCCUUGUGCAUUGGCAUUCGAUAGCUGCUUUUCAGAACUUGAAGAAACCUCUGAGAAUGGAUUGCUUUAACGAACCAGCAACAUUCACGUGCUAGGUUUCCCCCCCCCACCCCCUCUGCAUCCUCU